AUGUUUAAUACGUCGCGAGCUAGCAGCUCGCUAAUGGCCUCGUCCUUUGUCAACUCGACAGACGGGGGAUUCGCUGAUCCCCUCGCCCGACCAGGGGGCUUUAGCGAGGUCGACCCAUGGAGCGAGAGUGCUACACCAACACGUAUCGCCAGCCCCGGGUCGGCCAUUGCUGUAGCUCCAGCGGUCCCAGAUGUUGGCAAGGCAGCCACCACGAAUGGCUUCUCUGCUCUGGACGCCUUUAUCGAGGAUCCGCCAAUGAUGUACAUCUCGGUCAUGGAGCAGCUUGAUCCCUCGCACAGCGGGGAAGUGUCGUUGCCCGCCAUCCAGCGCAUGCUCGCCACCGCCGGCCUGCCGGCGUCGACAGUAGAGAAGAUUGUCCACAUCACAGGCAAAGACAAGUCGCUCCUCAAGCGCAAGGACGUGUUCACCACUCUGGCAUUCAUCGCUCUGGCCCAGUCCAACGCAGACGCUGACCUCACCUUGGUGGCUCUCGACGCCGCCGUCGGCUCCCUCCCACGCCCCCGCGUCGAGGUGCAGCAACCUCCUUCCUCUGCCGAGCCGGCAGCCAGCCCCGUUCGCCCGCCGCCACCUGCUCAUGUAUCGUCGACGUUUUCGCCCUGGGACACGGCGCCGCGCUACGCAGCCCCCGGCACCGACACUUACAACACCGAGACCAACGGCCAUGGUUAUUCGUCUAACCCUACGAACGGGGCCAACCCGGACGCCGAGGCUGAGCGCGGAUACUGGCGCCGCCUAGAGACCGUCGAGGUGGGGCUUGUGUCGGAGAAGGAAGGAUGGUUCCUUCAAAAGUACCGUGUCGUCUCGGACAAGCGGCCUGAUGCGCUGUCUCGUCGUUACUCGGACUUUGUGUGGCUCCACCACACACUUCUGCAGCGCUAUCCCUUCCGUCUCCUGCCUGUGCUUCCGCCCAAGCGCCUGAAUCCUGAUGUCGUCUUCCUCGAGCAACGACGAAAAGGACUGCAGCGCUUCCUCAACGCAGUCGUCAACCACCCCGUUAUCCGUGACGACGGCGCUCUCAACGUCUUCAUGACCGAGCUCAACUUUGAGGCGUGGCGCAAACGCGUCAAGGUGUCGACCGAGGAGGAGUCAGCCUCGAAGCGCCUCACACCCGCACAGGAAAUGAGCAUCCCAGGCGACCUGGACGCCAAGCUACAGGUUCUGCACGACCGUAUCCCGGGCUUGAUCUCGAGCUAUCAGAAGAUGGUGACGCUGGCCGAGCGUGAGCUCCAGCGCUUGCACAUGAGCGCAGCCGAGGCGACGCGCUUCGCCGUCUCCCUCCAGGCCGUGGCCGAGGACAUGCCGGGUGCGUGCCACCGUUGCGUCCCCGGUGGCAAAUGCUGUGACCUGUGCCAGGGGACUGGGCGUGGGCUCGGUGCUGUGGGAGAUGGGUGGUCGCGGCUCGCAGAGCAGCGUGAAAGGGAAACGGAAAUGGUGGCCAACGCUAUUGAAGCUCUCAAGUCCCAGCGCGACUUGUACAUUGCCUUCCGCGACCUGUUCGUGCGCCAUGAGCGGCUCUCGCGAGACAACGUCGACGCGCUGAGGAAGAAUGUCGAGUGGAGGCAGGGCAAGAUUGAGGGCCUGCGCUCGGCCCAGAAGCCCGGUUGGGAGGAGGAGGUUCACAAGCAUGUCUCUGCAAUCGAGCAAGAUAAUUCCACCAUCAGUAACCUGCUCGCCCGCCGAGUGUUCAUCCGCGCCUGCAUGUGGCACGAGCUCGCCGUCGUCCUGCACUCGCGCCAGGCUGCCCAAGCGACGCUUGGCUGGCGCGCCUGGGUUGCUGGCGAGGCGGCCGCGGCGUCGGCUGAGGCAACGGCGUGGGAGCGGCUCGGACAGGAGCUCGAAUCGAUGCCUUUGGAGUAG